UGUGUUGAGUCAGACUAAUAGCCGAGUGUCACAGCUGCGUGAACACACUCACUCACAGAGAGACAGGGAGAGACAGAGAGAGAGAGAGAGAGAGAGACGGAUCUGGUGGAUUACUGCGUCUGUACGGACUCCUACACAAGCCUAACCUGAAUAACACAGAUUUCAGGCGAAAAUGAAACUGAUUGUUCUGUCGUUCUUCUGCUGCUGUCUGCUGCUCACUGUCACACCCAGUGUUGUGGACAGUGCAAAACUAAACCUCAGCCAAGUUUUAAAAAGAAGCAUCGGGCUCCAGAGGACCAAAAGGGAUCUGAGUAGUCUGUCUGCACUGAAGGAAGCCGAGCCCGGGCAAUUUGUCCGACCCGACGAUGUCAAAGACACCCUGCUUCCACAUUCCAGCACUGGCAUCGGUGUGCGAACCAAGCGCUCCAAGAACUCCGUCAACCAGUCACGGAGGUCGGGCUGCUCACUGGGCACGUGCACGGUACACGACCUAGCACACCGCCUGCACAUACUCAACAACAAGAACAAAGUCAGCAGCGCCCCUGCUGACAAGAUAAGCCCGCUGGGUUACGGGCGCAGGCGCAGGGCCGUCCCUGACAGGCAGAUGAAGUUAGACAUGCAGGGUGGCCACUUGAAGCCAGUGUGGAGGCUGCACAAGCUGGACGCGCUGCUCAGACGGACAUGAGCGGGACGCCAGCCGAGGGGACUGCAUGGAACGCUGAGAUUUCUCCUGCCAAGAGUUCUCCGGCACAUUCUUUCGCAAGGCGAGCGGCUGGGACAGCAGCCGCGGCUCACCCGAAGCACAAAAAAAAAACAACAACGGCUGUUCCGCAAGCACUGUGAAUGAGAGACAGAAACGGAGGAGUUCUGUGGUGGAGCACUGCAACUUUCUGGGUUGGUAUGCAAGUGUAUGACCGGUGCACUGAUCUCCGGAGGAGUGGAAUGGACUGGAGUGGUGUAGAAAGAAAAAGCCACAGGAACUGGGGCUGAAGAAUGAACCUCCUCUAACGGGACAGAAUAUCACUGCUCCUCAGGUGGACUAUUCGGUGGGAUUAUGGGACCCAAACACAUUCCGAGUGCACAGUGACUUCAACAUGCUCUAUCGGAAAGAAAACAAACAGCAACAAAGCGAACCCACUCUGGACUUUAAUCCAUUGUAUUCAACAGGGAAAGAUAUGGAUUGUUCAUUCUGAGGAGAUUUGAAGGAUUAUAAGAAUAAGAAUAUAUAUCGCCAUGAAAGUUUCCCGUCACAAACUCUGUUUUUGGACACUGUAUGAGGAAUGAAUCUUUAGAUUUUAUAUCAAAUGCCGUAAGGAUCCGUAAAAGGAUUGUUAUGCUACUUGAACAUUGUUUUUAUUAUUAUUAUUAUUACUGUUGUUUUGUUUUGUUUAGAGAUAUGUGCAAUCUAUAUGUAUUUUUUUAUUCCCAGUAUAUGUAUAUAUGCCAAAAAAACAAGUCAAGAUAUUGUUAUUUAAUUGUUUUAUACAUUAUACUACUUAUAGAGAGCUAUUUUUGUACAGGAUUAAAGGAAUAUGGGCAUUGUUGUAUAUGGUAGGAUGUAUAUCAUUCAUUUGUGUUAUAUGGUGAUAGAAUACGUUUUUAUGUCUGCGAUAAUAUAUUUGUAAAUGUGGUCGAUUUUGUAUGUUGAAGUAAUGUAUGUUGUCAUCCAAUAAACUUCACAUUUGAAAAAAUAAAGAA